AGGAUAUCAAAAGAUACUACAUUCCCCUCUUUUUAAUUAAAGUUUUUAAUUUUUUCAAAUAAUUCCUUUUGCUUUUUGCCACCCUCCCAUCCCCUCUAUAAAUCUCCCUACCCUCCCCACUUGAUGCCCUCCCCUUCUCCAUUGAUCACCUUGUUGCGAGAGAAAAAGAAAGUGUUAAAAUUAAACAAUACCCAAGGUUCUUUAACCUAGCUAACUUGGUUGGGUGGUCCUGCAUAUGCCUAGGAAUAAUUUGUUGCUGUUAUAAAUUUAUUCCUACAAGAAUUUCCAUCACUUUCUAUACUUUAUUUUUCUCCUUCUGAACCGGAUCUUUGUAAGAAAGUCUACUGAUUUUCUUCUUAUUGAGAGUUUUGUCAAGGUUGUUGGUUUCUCAAUGGGUGAAGCUAAGCAGGAAGAAGCUAAGGUGGAGGCCAAGUUAGAAGAGAAGAAAGAAGAGAAAAAGGAGGAGAAGCAAGAGGAAGAGGAGGAGGAGAAGGAAGAGAAGAAAGAGGAAGCAAAGCCCUCCCCUCCCCCUCCCAUUAUCUUGUUUGUGGACUUGCAUUGUUUUGGAUGCGCCAAGAAGAUUGAGAAGUGCGUCCUCAAGUGCAGAGGGGUUGAAGGGGUUGAGACGGACAUGGUGCAGAACCAGCUCACAAUUAAAGGGAUGGUGGACCCUCAAGCUUUGUGCUCCAGAAUUCAAAAGAAGACCCUCAAGAGAGCAAGAGUCCUCUCCCCACUGCCACCAGCCGAAGGGGAGUCCAAACAGGAGCAAGUGGUUCCAUCACAGGUGAGUGGGGUAACCACAGUUGAGAUACAUGUGAACAUGCACUGUGAAGCCUGCGCACAGCAGCUGAGGCGAAAGAUAUUAAAGAUGAGAGGAGUGCAAACUGCCGAGACUGAACUGAGCACUGGGAAGGUGAUGGUGACCGGAACCAUGAAUGGAGAAAAGCUCACAGACUACAUUCACCGCAGAACAGGGAAGCUGGCGACAAUUGUCCCCCAGCCCCCAAAGGAAGAAGAGAAGAAAGAGGAAGCAGAGAAGAAAGCUGAGGAGAAGCCUCCCGAGGAGAAGAAAGAGGAGAAAGCAGAGGAGAAGAAGGAAGAGAAGGCAGAGGAGAAGAAAGAAGAAAGUGCUGAGGGGAACAAGGAUGGUGGUGGCAAGGAAGAGAAGGGAGGUGGCGAGGAGCAAAAGAAGGAAGGGGAAGGACCAACCAAUGUGGACAUUCCCAAUGGGGCAGACAUGGUGAUGAAGAGGAUGGUUUAUUGGAAUGGCAACAUCAUCAGUGAAGAAGAGAUGGCAAGGAGAAUGAUGAUGCAUUGGAUGCCGGUCUAUGUUAUCGAACGACCGCCACCACCACCUCAGAUUUUCAGUGAUGAGAACCCAAAUGCUUGUUGCAUCUCAUAAAACUCUAUGAAAAAUAAAUCCCAUUAGUAAGUUGAACUGUAUGUAAUAUAGAAUAAGAUGGCCAUGGAUUAGCAUAGGAAGAAAUCAUUAUAAUAACAACAUAAUCGUUGGAUGCUACUGUAUGUAAACAUUAGUUUUCCAAUCUAAGAAUGCACUAUUACUUAUGGUGUGAUUUUGGCU